AUGUUUAAGCUUUUGUCUUUUGCCAAUGCUCCAGCGAUUGUGCGGGCCAACCAAAAGGAUUCGUAUUUUGAGUCUAGGCUGCAUAACCAGCUCUCUGACGUUGUGAAGGCCAUCAAAGGUUCUCACUUUGUCCACAAGUACCCGGAGGAGCUACGAACUCUGGCCACGGCCCUUUAUCUGUGUCUCACAACAUUGGUGGGUUCCAAGACUCUGGGUGAGGAGUACGUGGAUCUGGUGUAUGUGAGUCGUGAUGGCCGCAAGAUACCGAAAUUUGCGUCCCGAUUUGGCUUUGUCGUGGCGUAUGUGCUCUUCCCCUAUGCUGUUCGCCAAUUGCUUCAAAAACUGAAAUCACAGCAAAGCCGGCUAGCACAAUGGGUUUCCGGCGUCAGCUACAUCAACCUGAUGGAUCUCAUGAAUCUUCAUCUGGCGCUUUUCUACUUCACAGGCAAGUACUAUCAGUUUGCGAAAAGACUCUUUGGUCUGCGAUAUGCGUUUGGGUAUCGAGUGGACAAAAAUCAGCAGGGAGCGCGAGGCAACUACGAGUUGCUGGGACUGCUGAUCAUCUUUCAGACGGUCUUCAAGAACGUGGCAAACGUGCGCAAACUGUGGGAGACCACAGAGACCGUUCAGGACUCCGGCGACCUGAUCUACAGGUUCAGAGACCAGACGAGCGACGUUGUGGACCUUGCAGACCCAAAUGUGCUGCCUUACCUGCCUGAGUCUUCGCGCACGUGCAUGCUGUGUCUGUCGCCGAUGAAGGACCCAUCAUGCGGCGAGUGUGGCCACGUCUUCUGCUGGAAGUGCGUGCUGGACUGGGUCAAGGAGCGCCAGGAGUGUCCGUUGUGCCGGGCCAAAAUGAGGGAGUCGCAGCUGCUACCUCUACGAUAA